AUGAGGUCAAAUGGGAUGCCUCGCUUGUAACGACGUCGUUCAUUGCAGAGCCAAGCCCAAAAUUUUCACCUUCACCCACCAUUGCAACUCGCUUUCUUGUUUGACCAUUGCCUUCUCUCUUUUGACUCUCAGUUUAUCGAACAAUUUGGGCCCUUUCAAUACCAUUUUUUUCUUUCUGUAUCCUGUGUCUGGUGGUGAACAACUCACUCUGCUUUAACCUUUAAUGUUUCUUUGAAGCUUUGCUGAUGACGAAGGAUACUUUUGUGCAAUCGAAUGAUUGAACUCCUCUGUUCUUGGGAGAAUCCUCGUGGGAUCCGCUAAUUUUUAGUUUUCAGGAAUGGGCUCAACCAACGAUAGAAAUGGCAAUGGUGAAAUAGAAAUAUCUAACAGCAAAGAAGGAGAAGCUCAAAAUGCUUUCUUCUCUACAUCUCAAAAAACAUUAUUGCAUGAUGAAGUCACACAAAGAAGAUCCCCUGUUUCCAUUACUGUGGUGGCUCCUAUUAAGAAAAGAUUCUUCAACUUUGGUUCAGCAUCUGCUAGAUUCCAGCAGAUUGCCAAGGAGAAAGACGACAUUUCACGAUCUGUGCAUUCGUCAAGUGGUCAUCAUAUUCGAGAGCGCAUAAGUGAAGUAUUUUCUAAGAAAAUUGAAUGGGAUUCGCUCUUGAAUAUGAGCAAAACAUGGAUCAGAGACCCAAUGAACAUAGCUCUUUUCAUUUGGAUCAUUGGUGUUGCUGUGUCAGGUGCAAUCCUGUUCCUUGUCAUGACUGGGAUGUUAAAUGGUCCAUUGCCGAAAAAAUCCGAAAGAGAUGUUUGGUUUGAAGUAAACAAUCAAAUUCUGAAUGCAUUGUUUACCCUUAUGUGUCUGUACCAACAUCCAAAGAGAAUCUACCAUCUCAUACUUUUAUCUAGAUGGAAACCUGAAGAUGUUUCCAGACUUAGAAAGCUUUACUGCAAGGAUGGGACUUAUAAGCCUCAUGAAUGGGCGCACAUGUUGGUGGUUAUAAUUCUCCUAAAUGUGAACUGUUUUGCACAGUAUGCACUUUGUGGCCUAAAUCUUGGUUAUAGGAGGUCUCAGCGGCCAGCCAUAGGAGUAGGAAUAUGCAUAUCUGUUGCAAUUGCUGCACCGGCCGUGGCUGGUGUCUAUUCUAUAAUUAGCCCCUUGGGGAAGGAUUAUGAUUCUGAUAUUGACGAGGAAGCACAGCUUCCAAGCCAGACAGUUAUUGGUGAUCAACGGCAACGGCUUAGGUCAAAAUCACUAGAGAGAAAGUAUUCACUUGCUACAAGAGAUGAGCACAAAAUUAUCGAGACCAAUCCACAAUGGAGUGGUGGGAUACUUGACUUUUGGGAUGAUAUAUCUCUAGCCUACCUUUCCCUUUUCUGUAGUUUUUGUGUAUUUGGAUGGAAUAUGGAGAGACUGGGUUUUGGAAAUAUGUAUGUUCAUAUUGCAACAUUCAUCCUAUUUUGUAUGGCUCCUUUCUGGAUUUUUCUCUUAGCUGCUGUAAACAUUGAUAACGAAACUGUUAGGACACUUAUGGCUGUCACUGGGAUUGUUCUUUGUGUAUUCGGUUUACUUUAUGGCGGUUUUUGGCGGAUACAGAUGAGAAAGAGAUACAAUUUGCCAGCAUAUAACUUUUGUUUUGGCAAGUCUGCUGUGGCUGACUGCACUCUAUGGCUUUUCUGUUGUUGGUGUACUCUGGCACAGGAGGUACGGACUGGGAAUUCAUAUGAUAUAAAGCAAGAAAAGUUUUGUAGGAAGCACACAGAAACAGACGAGAGUAACUGUGUCUAUAUUGAAGAUAAUAAAUCCGGUUUGGGUUCUCCUCUGGCAAACAUCUCCAGUCCAUCUAAGAUUAUCGCUGGAGGUUCUCCUAUUCCUAACUCAAGGGGUUGCUUUAGUCCAGAAAGGCCUCUUGCUUCAGUGAAAGAGGAACUUCCAGAAGGUGCAGGUAAUACUAUGAUGCCUCCUUCUCCUUCUUUGAUUCAUAGAGAAACGACAUGACUCGGUUCAAGAAAAGGUUUGUACUUAUGGUUUGUGAAUGAAAAUAUAUAGAGUUUUUUUGUCCUAUUUUUGUGUAUUUAUAAUGAAUUGGAAUUGCUUCCUUUUUCUUGAAUAUUCUGUCUAUUGUACGUAGAGAGUUUGUAAUGAAAUUUGUUUCAUACUUGAGUUUUAUUCAAAGAUCCACAUCGGCCUUUUCUUCUUA